GUAUCAAUACAUCAGAGAAAUAAAUGGUUAAUUGUCAGGCAUGAUCUAGAUUAUCAAAAAGGAGGAUAUAUUGGAAUUUUUGUUACUGUGAAAUUCCUGUAGAAUUUGCCAUGAGCCAAACACAGGGAACAUUAGCAGGAGUUAUUCAUAUCAGCAUUAUUUCGCCUUGCAUAGAUCAAAUUCAGUUAGAAUAAUCAGGGAUCUUCAAGUUUUUGAAUCGCCAUUAACCACUGUUCAAAAUAUAGUUCAUUAUGUACAAUUCAAUUUUUGCACAGCUUUGAUAUACAGAACUUAAAUUUUAUUAAUGUGGCUGAUUUCAUUCUCCACUUUCCGAGAUGCCUUCUGACUAUGCUGGUCACUUGACAACUGUGGCGAAUGGGUCACAGUGGUUGACAUGCCGAGUCCAAUAUUUGGAUGACACCGAUCCCUUUUCAUCAACUAAUUUUCCUGAACCAACUCGACCACCAAGUUAUACUUUCAAUGUGGAUUUACCUUUAUGUGAACAAUUGGCAGGAGUUCAUAGGCUUCUCAAAGCCCCUCACAAGAUUGAUGACUGCACACUUCAGAUAUCACAUACUGGAGCAUAUUUAGAUUUGGAUCUUUCAAUUACUGAACAAAAGGAAGAGUUUGAAAAGUUUUUCACCGAUGGAAAAAGAAAUUCAGUGAUAGUUCGUACACUGCUUUCAGUCAGAGUACAUUCAUGUAUUGAAAAAUUGUACAACUCAAAGGGAAGAGAAUUGAGAAGAGCCCUAUUCUCACUGAAACAAAUAUUCCAGGAUGAUAAAGAUCUUGUUCACGAAUUUGUGAACGCAGACGGUUUGACGUGUCUUAUCAAAGUAGGAGCGGAAGCAGAUCAAAAUUAUCAAAAUUAUAUAUUGAGAGCUCUUGGUCAAAUUAUGCUUUAUGUUGAUGGGAUGAACGGAGUAAUUGAACACAGUGAGACAGUCAGAUGGCUCUACACACUUAUAGCGUCACGGUUUCGUCUUGUUGUGAAGACGACAUUAAAACUCCUUCUUGUGUUUGUUGAAUAUGCAGAAACAAAUGCAUUGCUGUUAUUGGAUGCUGUUCGAGAAGUGGAUAAGAAACGAAGGCAAAAAGAGUGGGCAAAUGUGAUGCGAGUGCUCGAUGAAAAAGAUGGAAUUGAUUGUGAAUUACUUGUGUAUGCAAUGACUCUCAUCAAUAAAACAAUAAGUAAUAUACCUGAUCAAGAUACAUUUUAUGAUGUCACAGAUGCACUUGAAGCACAUGGAAUGGAAACGAUAUCCCAGAGACAUCUCAACAAAAAAGGAAAUGAUUUGGACUUGUUGGAACAGUUUAAAAUAUAUGAGCUUGCCUUGAAGCAUGAAGAUGGAGAUGAAGAAGCUUCAAAAUCAUCUGCUCCUGGUGUUGGAAUUAAAUGGAACAGAGAACGAACUAAAUCAGAACUCGAGGUUCCAAGAAAAAGUGUUCGCCGUCAUUCAGCAAAUUUAUUUCAACAAAUCGAAGUAUCAAGUCCUGAAAAAUUUGCCCCUCCUCCUGCGGAAGAACACAGCAAAAGUACUCCGUGCACUCCAUCUAUCAAUCCUGCACCAGAAACACCACAGUUUAAUAAAAGAAGUCGAAAUCGAAGGCAUGAGUUAUCAAAGCAACAUUUGGAAUUGCAACAAACAAAGAAGGCAGAACAACAAGAGCCUGCAUCACCACAAGCUGAUCCAACCAUAAGUCCUAAACCAUGGCUUGUGAAAAAGCCAUCAGUGAACGCGGAUCCUCCUCGCAAUUUUGUAAGUCAAGUUCAAUAUAAUAACGCCGUCAAUGUUGAUUUAAAAGAAAGAGAAAGGCGAAGAAGAAAUCGAGAUGAAGAUAGAGAUAAAAAGAGAGCGGAAUUUUUGAGCAAACAACAGAAUGCUCUCAACAAUAGACCAGACUCACAGAAUGGUGAAGUUCCCAUCACGAAUGGUACGACUUCUCCUCCACCUCCACCAGUCAGAUCAUCAUCAAGUAAGAUGCUGGAAAUAAGCACAAGAGCGCGUAUGAGAAGAUCAAAUUUUCAUAAGAUGGACAGCGAUCAAAGUAAGGAAAGUCCUGAAAAACAUCCACAAGUUAUGGUUAACGGUGUCUCAAACCAUACGAAUGGUUCUCAACAUCCCAAAAUCCGAAUGGACGCAGAUACGAUUGAAAUUGAGGAAGAUGUUGCCCCAAACGUUCCAGAAAUUGUCAAAAAGAACAACACACCAUUACCAGCUUCUUUAAGUUUAUCACCAGCUAUUCAAAAGCCCACUCAACUAACGGCGUCGCCGAAAAAACACAGUGGGUUGAUGACACCUUCAGGGGAUGUUAUUUCUAAUAAUCAAAAAUUUAUGAUGGACAUGCUUUAUGCAAAUCAAGCCGUUGCAUUGAAACAGGGGUCAGAAAGCGAUGAUGGAUCUGAGGGUUCAACUGAAGCAGCUGUAUUAAAAGAAAAUGGUGUUUCAGAAACCCCAAGUGAAAAAAACACUCUAAAAACUACCCCUGUAAUAGAAAAUGAAAGUUCAAAUAACUCUGAACCCUCUGACAUGUCCAUCAGUUCAGCAAAAGCUGCCAUGGAAAAAAUGUUUGGUGGAAAACCGAUGAAAACGCCACAAACCUUGCCAGAACAAAAUAAUAAAGUAGAAAGAACACUCAGCCCUGAACCUGCCAAACCUAAGAAAGACAGUGAUAUAAUGUGGGAAAAACUAUUGCUUCAAAGUUCUAAGCAAUCUCUGCUUGUCUCAGAUUUUGAUUUCACUGAUCUCACUGAAAAAGAUGAUAUUGACAUUUUAGCGAAACCAAAAUUGCCUAUGUCAACAUAUCCUCCUGGUUUUGUACCACCACCUCCUCCUCCACCCGGCAUGGGGCCUCCACCUCCUCCACCACCUCCGAUGGCCCCACCCCCGCCUCCACCAGCAUGCAGCCCCACACCGCCUCCAAAUUCCCCACAAAGCAUGAAACGAAGAACCGUAAGACUUUUUUGGAAAGAGGUUAAAAGUAAAACAGAAUCUCUUGGUCAAAAAGUUCCAUCAGUUUGGCAAGAUAUUGAAGACGUCAAAAUCAACGAAGACAAAAUUUUGCAUUUGUUUGAAUUGAGGACAAAGGAUAUUGUAAAGAAACAACAAAUAGACAAAAAGAACCGAAUUAUAAUUUUGGAUCCGAAACGUUCAAAUGCAAUCAAUAUUGGAUUGACAGUGCUUCCACCACCACGUACAAUAAAAUCAGCAAUCUUACAUAUGGAUGAAUAUGCUUUAAAUAAAGAGCAAAUUGAGAAAUUACUAACGAUGAUUCCCACAGAAGAAGAAAAAGUUAAGAUUCAAGAUGCUAUGCAACAAAACCCUGAUAUUCCACUCGGAAGUGCGGAACAAUUUCUUCUCACGCUUUCGUCCAUAAGUGAACUUUCAGCAAGAUUACAUCUUUGGUCUUUUAAAUUAGAUUAUGAAGCAUUGGAAAAGGAAAUUGCUGAACCUCUAACAGAUUUACGAGAUGGUAUGAAGCAGUUGAGAGAAAAUAAAACAUUCAGAUGCAUUCUAGCAGUUUUGAAAAGUGUUGGAAACUUUUUGAAUGGAACUAAGGCGAAUGGAUUUGAUAUUAAAUAUCUUGCCAAAGUUCCUGAAGUCAAAGACACAGUUCACAAACAGUCUUUACUGCACCAUUUAACACAACUGGUACUUGAACAUUUCCCCAAUACAACAGAUUUGUAUUCUGAUAUUGGAUCGAUAACCAGAGCAUCAAGGGGUGACUUCCCUACAUUAGAGGAAACUUUAGACAAUCUUGAAUCUCGUUGCAAACAAUCGUGGGAUCAUCUCAAAACUAUUGCAAAACACGAAACGAAAGCAACACAAAGAAACAAAAUGUCUGACUUUUUACUAAGUUCUGCACAGCGUAUUAUAACAUUAGGUGUUGUGCACAGACGAUUGAUAAACAGGUUUCAUCAAACUUUAGUUUAUUUUGGAAUGUCACCCGAGGAUGCGUCAAAAAUGGAAGUUCAAUCGUUUUGUCGAUUAAUUUCUGAGUUUGCACUCGAAUAUCGUACUUCGAGAGAACGAGUUGUCACACAACAACAAAAGAAACAAACAAGAGGAGAAAGAAGUAAAACAAGAGGAAAAAUGAUCACAGAGGAGGAAAUAUUCUCUGAUGCAAGUGAAGAACCAGAUGAUUUUGUAUUUCACAUGACGCGAAAAUUUUCACACACAGAGGAACAAGUGAAACAAAUGAAAAUGGAAUCUGCAUUAAAACUUGGUGCAGGAGAUGUACGAGUUGAUAGAAGACAACGGUCAAGAAGCUCAAGAGUUAAGAAAGAACCAACUUCUCCAGUCGCUAAUGGCCACGUUAUAAAUAGCGAAAUGAAUGGUGGUCCACCACCAGAAGAAGCACCAGUGAGAAGGCGACACUCUCGAAAAGCAAUUGCUGAUGAUCGAUCUGACGAAAAAAUAAUGGAUGAAUUGGUUAAAGUUGCCACACAAACUCCACAAGAAAGAACUGUUCAUAGGAGGAAAAGAUCUCGAAAUGCAUCACGGAAAUCUUUACGACGGACAUUACGCAAUGGACUCACAGAUGAAGAAAAGGCUGUUAUUAUGGGAAAAUUUUAACAUAACAUCAAUAAACCAAUCCGUCAACAAUAAUGAAAUCUGCUCAUUUUUUGUUUUCUGCUUCAAAAUUAUAAAUAUUUUUUUUUUCAUUCUGUGGCCUACUGUUUUGAAUAUAACAAAACCAUACCAUUAUAUUUUCAGUAUUCAAGAAAUUUUCGUUAGUUAUUUUUUGAAAUUACCAUUACUCCAGCAAGAUUUGAUUUCCUCUUGACAUCCAUAAUGAUUCAGCACUUGUUCUUGAAUAGCAUUUGGCACUUGAAUAUAAAAUGUUCAAAUUUGAUACACUCCGAUGAGAUUAUGUCAAGGCGGAAUAUCCAAUUCAUUGUAUAAAAAAUGGAAAAGCUUGUAGCUGUUUGAAAGGUAAUUGAUUUUGACCAUUUGAAAGCUUGUAAAGUGAAAUUGACAUAAAUGUUAUGUUUUUCACACACAGAAAUUUGCAAAAUAAUUCCACUGUUAAGUUGUCAACUAUACUGAUUUGAUUUGAGACAGUAGCAGUUAUUUAGUAAUGAGUAAUGAAUAUAUCAAUCAAGCCUAACUGAAAAUUUUGACUAUUUAGUAGUUUGAGAAUUGAGACAUGUUUGAAUGUUUCUUCUUUUCCGACAUGGUGUGAGAUGUCCAGAUCAUCUCCAUAUUGGCCCACUUCGGAUUAUUUAUUCGAUUAAAAGUGUUGUAUUCUGUGCAUUUUCAAGUGUUAAUUUUUAUAAGUGAACACCAAACGUGAGUGAACCAAGCUUGUUUUGUAUGUGCAAUUUAACAUGAUAUGUUAUUUUUUAUGUAUGGUCCUUUCAUCUUCCAGAAAUAUUGUAUGAUAUGAAACUGUAAAAUCACUUUUCAUUCUUCAAGUAGCAUUUCUUUUGUUAUUAUCAAAAAUUGUUAAUAAUGGUAGUAUCUUCCAUUACCUUUAAUAAUGUAAUUAUCACCAGUAUUAUUGGGCAUCUGAACCAAAUGUAGUGUUAUUGCAGAAUACUUACUACAGAUGCUUAUGUGUGAUUCCUGUAUAGUAUUGUGCCAUUUUUCAGGCAAUAUUGAUGAAAAAGGUUAUUGUUGACAUUUCAAUACCCCCAUUUUUUUUCCAUUGUCGAAAAAGUAACCAUUCAUUAAUUUAAUAUGCUUAUAUCGUCAAAAACAAUGACAACAUUUAUUAUUAUACUUAACAAUAUAUAGUGUUAUAAUUUAUAAUAAUAAUUCUUUGGGGCAUUAUGGUUUAAUUGAAAAAGUCCGAAAUUAAUUUUAUGCAAAUGCCAUGGAAUGGAAUACAUUGUAAUAAUAUUAUUGAUGAAUUCAUUUUAAACGCAUUUUUAAUAGUAAAUGUAAAAUAAUAUUGUUUAUAAUCUUAUACAUUGCACUUUUGCGCUUUUUGUUGUUUGUUGUUUUCUUUUUAAAUUUGAAUAUAAAAGUUAUAUAUUGUAAAUUGUUUUUUGUAAUGUUUUCAUUUGAACAUAGUUACUUGGGAAGUUGGAUUUUUUUGCUAAAAAUAUUAGUCCACACUAAAACCUACCAAUCCACAACACAAAAUACUUUAUCAUUUGCACUAUUUGUAUUUUUGAAAUUAAAUUUGAAGUAAUCAAACUGCACUGGACUCAAGCUUUCCGGCCAUUAUUUCCUUAUGUAUAAUCGCCAUCUACAUAUUGGUUUAUCCAUUACAUUUUUUGUUUGUUAAAACAGUCUUACGAUCCGAAUGCUACUUGCUUUUCAUGAUCUGUUGUUGAAUUUUAAUUGUUUGUGACAUCAUAUUUAAUUGAGCUUAUUUUCAGUGUAUUUGCCCACACUUAAGCCCUCUGAUUAGUAGAAGGAAUUUAAUUUCAGUCUUUGGAGAACUGGAUGUAUUUUGCCCAAUCGCACCGUGGGCUAUUGUUAAAACUUAUCAAUUUACAUGUUAUUUUUCAGUUCACCUUAAUAUUGUCAUUACUUAUUCUGUUCUUUUUUGGUUUGACUCUUUUUAUUAAAAAGUUAACUUUUGUCGA